AUGGACUCAGACUCGGAGAUCAUAGAGGUUGAAAGAAAGAGAAGCAACCUAGGAGCAGAACUAUCAAGCCAAGUACUGGAAAGUCUCCCUCGCGAUCUCAUCCUUUGCAUACUUUCGAGGCUUCCGGUAUCAUCUUUCGUUCAACUCAAGUCAGUAUGCACAGGUUGGCGCAUGUUAACACGAGAUCCCGAUCUUGUUAACAAGUAUAGAUCAUGCAUGGAUGGGAUCAACAAUCCAUGCCUCAUAUUCCACAGCGAUUGUACCGUCAGAAACCAACUUCACUUUGUAGAAUUCCCAGCUUGCAACCACGAGUCCGAGGAGAAGGUGAAAAGGUUCCAUGUGCCUUUCUGGGAGGCAAUGCCUGAGUUUGAUGUGCUAGGCUCAUCUAAUGGUUUGCUAUGCCUAUCCGAUUCGUUACAGAACGAUGCAAUCUGCGUAUACAAUCCUUUUACUGGAAACUACCAAGAUUUGCCAAAGUCUACGCAGUUUCCGAAUCAACAGGUGGUUUAUGGAUUCGGGUUUCAUCCCACAGCCAAGGAAUAUAAGGUGCUUAAGAUAGUUUACUACAUGAAAACUGAUAAAGACUACUUGCGUCCCCUUAGAGUCUAUGUUGAGUUGGAUUCAGAAGUUCAAAUCUUCACUCUGGGAAGCUCCACUUGGAGAAGUUUGGGAAAGGUAGGUUACCGCCACCACCUUUAUCAGUGGCAUUCACAGGUCUUGGUUAAUGGAAGACUCCAUUGGGUGACUUGGCCACGUAGAUACCACCGUGGGAUCAAGAUCAUCUCGUUUGACUUGGCAGAGGAGCAAUUUCUGGAGGUCCCAAGUACACCUUUAAUGGGGUUUAAUUAUCAUCUGGUGGUUCUAGGAGAAUGUCUUUCUGCUGCAGUUUAUUUUAACUAUUGCAAAUUGGAGAUAUGGGUAAUGGCAGAGUAUGGUGUGGAGGAGUCUUGGAUCAAGAAGUUCGACAUAAGAGCCCACAUGCCUAAGGGACUUAAAGAAGACCCAGCAAACCAGUUCUUCAAGAAUUCAAAGAUAAUCUGGAAAGGAGGAUAUAUUCGAGUUUUAUGCCUUCUGAAGAACGGUGACAUCUUAUUGGAAUAUAAAAAUAGAGCUCUGGUAUCUUAUGACCCCAAAAGCGGAGAGUUUAAAGAUGUAAUAUUUCAGGGAAUGCCGAAGUGGUAUCAGACAAUUGUGCAUGUGGGUAGCCUUACCUGGAUUGAGACUUCCUUGAUCAGUACUGAUGCAUGA